AUGCUCGGCCAAUUGACAAACCUAUUCCCAGAUGAGGACGGCUCCCUGAACUACAUUUCUUGGAUCUUCUUCGCCGUUCCGCUGAUGUUGUGCUGUCUGAUGGCCUGCUGGACGACGUUGUGGCUCUUCUUCCUUCGGGAUGCUCCCGAAGAAGACGAGCACGUCACCAAGAUGCUCCACGAUCGCUAUGAGAAGUUGCCGAGGACGAGUUACGCGGAAAAAUCUGUGAUGUUCUGCUUCGCGCUGUUGCUGGCGCUGUGGAUGGGCCGGAAUCCGGGGAUUGUGCCCGGAUUCGGGAAAUAUUUCGCGAAGGGAUUCUAUACCGAUGCGACGUCCGCGAUCUUGGUGUCAAUGCUGUUGUUUGUACUGCCCGCCGAGCAGCCGGAUCUGUUGAGGAUACUGAAGCCAGAAGAGGUAAAGAAGGGGCCGCCACGACUCAUGGAUUGGCCCGCCAUGCAAAAGAGCUUCCCGUGGAGCGUCGUUUUGUUGUUGGGCGGAGGGUUCGCGUUGGCGGCUGGCGUAAAAGAGUCGGGCCUAUCGCUGAUGCUCGGCCAGCACAUGUCAUACCUGUCGAAGAUGGACUCGUGGGCGCUGCAGGCGUUGUGCAUGGCCAUUGCCAUGGUCGUCACCAACAUUUGCUCCAACACCGUCACCGCCUCCAUUUUUGUGCCCAUCGUCGCGACAUUGGCUCAAGAGGUCGAGAUCCACCCGUUCCAAUUGAUGCUGCCCACCACGCUGGCCUGCUCGUUCGCCUUCGUCCUGCCGGUUGGCACCCCGCCAAAUGCCAUCGUUUUCGGGUCGGGCAUGGUCAAAGUGUCGGACAUGAUGUUCAUCGGGUUAAUCCUGUCCGUCGAAACGCUCUUCCUAACAAUUCUCUAUAUGAACACGGCCGCCCUCAUCUUCCUGCCCAUCGGUGAAUUCCCGAGAUGGGCGGCGCUGGAUGUCAAUGGAACAAUUGCUCUC